AUGAGCGCUGCACCCAGCGAAGCGGCCGCCGCUGCCCCGGCACCGGGCGAAAAGCAGGCCGCCCGCCUGCCCGGCUUGCGCGGCCACCACAAGCUCUACCUCGCUGCCGUGGCGCUGGUCGCGGUGUGCGUCUGGCUCAUCGUCUGGCUCGUGGUCUUUGGGAAGGUGCUGCCCGACGACAUUGUGGGCUUCGCCGCAGUCGUCUUCCAAGUCACUGUUAAGACGGGCAUUAUGGCGCUGCUCUUCGCGCGCUACGUCGCCGGCGCGGGCACCGUCGUGGCGCCGGCGGACCCCGAGGGCAAGGUCGGCGCGGCGCCGGGCCUCCGCGCCUGGGCGCACGAGGCCUUCGAGCUGGACGCGGCGAGCGCGCGGGCACGGGGCGGCGUCGACGCGGAGCUGCACGUCCGGCGGAUCCGGAUGCGGCUGGCCUGUUUGCAAGUCUGGGCGUUGCUGGCAGUGCCACUGGCGUGCGUCUACGCGCUGGAUCCGAAGGAAUGCGGGUGGUUCCCCGAACGGACGUGGGUCGAGCAAGAGCCCUGCUCGGGCGAGAACCCGUGCUGCGGUUGGAAUGAGCGUGGUAGUGCGAAUGCGUGGGUGGAGAAUGAGGAGCUAAUAGAGGCAAACUGCGAGGAACAGAAGUGUCGACAAAGAUCGAUUACGACCGGGAAGCCAAAUGGGGACACUUAUGAGCCAUGUUGCGACAUGCUGGGUAUAAAGUAUGAUGCAAACGACUGGAGUAUGAUGUUCGAUUAUCAAAGUACUAUGAUUCCACAGUGUGCUUCAGAUUGGACCGCUACGGCUUGUCAUUUCGAUUCUAUCCAUAAUAAAUGCCAGGAACUGAAACUCUCGGGCAAAGAAUGCGAGCCCAUCUGCCUGGUCACGGUCAAGCGCGCGGGCUGGGGCCGGGCCCGGUCGCCGGGGUUCGACCGCAUCUCGCUCGAGAAUGUCUUAUGCCGCGAGGGCAACACGGCGACGUGGCAGCUCUGGCUCGCGAUUCUGGCGCUGUACCUCGGCCACUGGGCGGCGUACAGAAUCGUCGACGCGCACGACGAGGAGGCCACCGAGACCAUCCGCGCCGCGGCGGAGGACGCGCCGCCGCACCACUACGCCGUCGCGACGACGGGCCUGCCCGAGCAUCUGCGGGAGCCGGCCGAGCUCGAGGCGUUCUUCGAGGGCGUCUUCGAGAGGCCCGGCGCCGUCGUGCGCGUCGUGCCGUGCCGCCACCUGAGCGCGGCCACGCGCAUGGUGGAGGCCCUCGCGGGCGGCGCGCCGCCGCCGCCGGAGGGAGACGCCGCGCCCGAAGCGGCCGCCCGCGACGCGGUGGAGGCCGCCGACGCGGCCGCCGCGCACGUCGAGCAGCUCAAGGCCGCCGGCGCGGCGCCGGCGGCCGUCGCGGAGGCCGAGGCGCGCCGCGAGUCCCUGAAGGACAAGGCCGCGCGCGCGCUCAAGGGCCUCUUCGGCGGCGACGGCGGCGCGCGCGGCCGCGUCCAGGCGUUCCGCGAGGCCCUCAAGGAGGUCGAGCGGGCCGAUUGGCGGCAGGCGCUGCACGAGCGCUGGGAGGGCAAGGAACGGCAGCGGUUCCAGCGGGGCUGCGCCAAGUGCAUCGACGGGUGCAUCUGCUGCUGCUCGUUCGUCGGGCGCAAGAUCCAGAACCAGGCGGCGUCGCCCGCGGACGCGCGGCGCCGCUGCGAGGAGGCGAGGAAAGCUGUCGCUGACCACGCGGCCGAGGCGUCUCCGGACGGCGGGUCGGCGAUCGUCAUCUUCUCGAGCCUCGAGAGCGCCGAGGCCGCCGCGACCUGCCCCCUCGGGGCGCCGGACGCGGCGACGGAGGUCUCGAAGCCGACGUACCGCGAGGACAAGCCGUAUCGGAAACAGGAAAAGCGCAGCCGCUUGAUCGUGACGCUGGAGACGGCGGGAUACUACUUAACGGGGUUGCAGGGCUGCGGGUGCCGCAAGAGCAAGCCCGUGCCGAUGGAGGUGACGCCGCUGCCGGAACCGAGAGAUAUAGAUUGGGGCGAGCUCGAGACGCUCGACCAGGAGCGCGGCGAGAAGUCGGACCGGAUGAACGCGGGGCGGCUCAUCAAGCUUUGCGUCUGGUUCGGCUACUCGGCGAUCGUCGCGGUGUUUGCCGUGAACUGGGAGGCGCUCUGCAAGGAAUACGCCAAGGACGACGCCGGUGGGCCCUCGGACACCGCGCUGCUCUGGGACCUGCUCGCCGGCUUCGUGCCGGCGUUCUUUCAGGGCUGGCUCUUCGACUACGUGGCGGUCAUCUUGUACAACACAAACCGCAUGUUCAACAGUUUGUGGAGCGAGUCGUCGCUGCAGGCGAGCGUCGCGCGGGACUAUUCCAUCUUCUUCUGGAUCGUCGCGUUCGGCGCGUACCUGCUGUCCGUCACCUGGGCCGACAUCUCGAACGAGGCCUGGUCCUGCGAGGGGGAGUGCGACGCCGCCGAGGAUGAAGACGAGGACGCCGACGUCGACGCUGCGAGCUUCAACCCGAGCGUCGCGUUCCGGCUUAUGGCCCGCGCGGUGCCCCGCCACGCGUGGCCGUUCGCCGCCAUUUUCCUCAUGCAGCUCGGCGACAUGGCGGCCGACGCGCUCAGGGUAGUCCCAUACAUCAAGUACGAGCUCCUGAAGCGGGCCAAGGUCGCGUCGGAUGCGAGCUUGGCGGAAUCGCUCGAGCCGGAGGACGCUGACCUCGGAGCGCCGGCCGGUUGGGAGGCGUUCGCGCUGCUGGUGGGCGCGACUUUCGCCUGCAUCUCGCCGUUCACGUGCGCCGUCUGCUACCUCUACUUCGUGGCCGCGUACGAGGCCGGAAAGCAUGCUCUGUGUUGCCUCGAGACCAUGCCCUUCGAUACGCGCGGCGCGCUCUGGUUCGACGGCGUCGCCCAGACCCACACCGCGCUGUUUAUCGCGCUGGUCAUCCAGCUUGUCGUAUUGUGGUUUAACUUCACCAAUAAAGGGUUCUGGCCGGUCAUCGGCGGCAUCCCCAUCCUGCUCAUGUGGAAGCGCUACCAGGACAGGUGUCGCCGCCGGCACGCUACGCGGAAUCUCCACGGCUUGGCGCGGGGCAGGAUGCCGCUGAGGGACGGAAACGCCGUCGACGCGCUGAGGGACGGAGACGUCGUGCGCGACGCCCUGGUUCAUCUCGCCGACCGCGACCGCUUCUUCGAAGCGCCCGAGGUCCUGCCGCCCAGAGACCACCCGGUGUACCGGGACGCCCUGCCGGGGCCGCCCAUCGACGACGCGACGGACGUCGAGGCGCGGCUCGAGGCGGUGAACGCGUGGCUCAGGCGCCACGACGACGCCGCGGCCGCGUUCCUCGAGCGCGUCAACGGGACCGCGACCGUGCUCGGCGAGGACGACAUCGCGGUCUCGGACGACAUCGCCUGCGGUACGAUUGGCUGUGGCGGCCUCUAAAUAUCAUGAUAGUUAAA